AGACCUCUGUGUGGGCGUUCUGCACUCUUUCAGCAUGCAGUCUGUACUGAGAUAUUUGGACCUGGGUUCUGCAGCCCUGGCCGUGUUGCUUGGCCUCAUCUCUCUGGUUCUGUUUGAGAUCUUCAGAUUGAGUUCCUCAAGGAGCCACAAUCCUCCUGGACCCAGACCACUGCCCUUCGCGGGGAACGUACUCCUGAUGAUAAAGGACCCAAUGAAGAUGAUUAUAACGAUGAAGAAGUACGGUGACCUGUGCUGCGUGUAUGUGGGCAGGAGGCCGAUGAUCGUGCUGAAUCACAUCGAGGUGGUGAAGGAGGCACUAGUUCAGAAUGGUAUCACGUUUGCUGGGAGGCCAUCCAUGCCUUUAAUAGACUGGGUGACAAAGGGAUAUGGGAUCUUAGCUGUCACGUAUGGCCAUGCAUGGAAGCAGCAGCGGCGUUUUGCUCUCCACACACUACGCAACUUUGGUCUGGGGAAGAAACCUGUGGAACAGCGAGUGGCCGAGGAAGCACGCUGUCUUAUAGCAGAGAUGCUCAAACAUGAAGGGAAAGCUUUGAACCCCAUGCACCCCAUAAUGAAUGCUGUCUCCAACAUCAUCUGCUCCAUCAUCUUCGGAGAUCGCUUUGACUACAAUGACAAGCGCUUUGCUAAAUUCCUGGAAAUCCUGAACGAAAACAUUAAGCUCUCUGGCUCACCUGUGGGAUUGUUCUUCAACUUAUUCCCGUUUAUAAAACACUUCCCUGGUCCACACCAGAAGAUGCAGCGGAAUGCCAAUGCUUUAACAGGGUUCAUCCGCGAGUUGAUGGAGGAGCACAAGAAGACACUGGACAAGGAGAACCUGCAUGACUUCAUCGAUGCCUACCUGGUGGAGAUAAGCAAGCAAGAGUCAAACAAAGAUUCAACGUUUCAUGAGGACAACCUGCUGAUGUCCGCUGCUGAUCUGUUCCUUGCAGGAACUGAGACCACAGCCACCACUCUCAGAUGGGGUCUGAUUUUCAUGAUGAACCAUCCAGAAAUACAAGAGCGCUGUCAUGAGGAGAUCGUUCGUGUGCUUGGUUAUGAUCGCACUCCCAGCAUGGAUGACCGCACGAGCCUGCCGUACACAUACGCCACCGUACACGAGAUCCAACGCUUUGGGAAUAUCGUUCCACUCGGUGUAGUUCACCAAACUAUCGAGACGACGCAGUUCCGAGGAUACACCAUCCCCAAGGGAACUGAUAUUGUACCCAAUUUAAUGGCCAUAAUGAUGGAUAAGGAAUACUGGAAACACCCGGACACGUUUAACCCCGAAAACUUCCUGGAUGAGAACGGCCAGUUCUGCAAAAACGAGUCCUUCUUGGCUUUUUCUCUGGGUCCAAGGGUGUGUCUCGGCGAGUCCCUUGCAAGGACGGAGCUCUUCAUCUUCUUCACAUCUCUCGUGCAGAGGUUGCGGUUCUCCUGGCCACAUGAUGCCCCACCCAUUGACAUGGAUGGCAUUAUGAGUGUGGUCAGAAUGCCCCACCCCUUCCAUAUGAUUUGUCAUAGUAGGGCAUGUUCUGUUCCAAGCUCACCCGUAACGCUUUGAUUUUCUCUAUUACAUCACAAUCAGAUGUGAAAUACGACAUAUUUGAUAGCUUUAUUAAUCUUCAUAAAUCAAAAAUGUCUGGUUCCUCUCGAGGUUUCUUCCUCGUGCCAUCUCAGGAAGUUUUUCCUCACUGCUGUCGUCUCUGGGUUCUUCAUUACAGAUCUAAAUCUACACUGACUUUCUGUAAAUCUGCUUUAUAAUGUCUUGUGCAAAUAAAAUUGAAAUAAAACUAGUCGUAGGACAAA